GAAAACCCGAGGGUGUUGAUACACACCCGGAAGUGGGUCUCUGGUCUGGUGCUGUCUAAGUGCUUUCCUGAGAGGCCAAGUUGGUACAAGCCACCCGGCAAGGGGCUGAGAGGACAUGGCUGCCAACGGGACAACUUUACAGAAAGCCAUUGACUUGGCCAGCAAAGCAUCUCAAGAAGACAAAGCAGGGAACUAUGAGGAAGCUCUUCGACUGUAUCAGAGUGCUGUCCAGUAUUUUCUUCAUGUAGUAAAAUAUGAUGCACAAGGAGAAAAGGCAAAACAGAGCAUUCGGGCAAAGUGCAUAGAGUAUCUUGACAGAGCUGAACAGCUUAAGGCCUAUCUGAAGAAAUCUGAAAAAGCCCCUCCAAAGCCAGUAAAGGAAGGAGCACCUCGAGCUGCUGAAGAUAAAGGAAAUGAAAGUGAUGAGGGUGAGGACCCAGAAAAAAAGAAAAUGCAAAGUCAGCUUCAAGGUGCCAUUGUUAUGGAAAAACCAAAUGUGAAGUGGAACGAUGUUGCUGGAUUGGAAGGUGCCAAAGAAGCACUGAAAGAAGCUGUAAUUUUACCAAUAAAAUUUCCUCAUCUGUUUACAGGCAAAAGAACUCCCUGGCGAGGAAUACUUCUUUUUGGACCACCAGGAACAGGAAAGUCCUACUUGGCUAAGGCUGUGGCUACAGAAGCAAACAACUCCACAUUCUUUUCAAUAUCUUCCUCAGAUUUGGUUUCAAAAUGGUUGGGAGAAAGUGAAAAAUUAGUAAAGAAUUUAUUUCAGCUUGCCAGAGAACACAAGCCUUCAAUCAUCUUCAUUGAUGAGGUUGAUUCACUAUGUGGCUCAAGAAGUGAGAAUGAAAGUGAGGCUGCUAGGAGGAUUAAAACGGAAUUAUUGGUCCAAAUGCAAGGUGUUGGCAUUGACAAUGAAGGUAUUCUAGUACUUGGAGCCACAAAUAUACCCUGGGUGCUGGAUUCUGCAAUUAGGAGACGAUUUGAAAAAAGAAUUUACAUUCCUUUACCAGAAGAACAUGCCCGGACUAAUAUGUUUAAACUCAAUCUUGGGACAACUUCACACAGUCUUGGAGAGGCUGACUUCAGAGAGCUUGGAAAAAGGACAAAUGGAUAUUCUGGUGCAGACAUCAGCAUCAUUGUACGUGAUGCCUUAAUGCAACCAGUCAGAAAAGUUCAGUGUGCUACACACUUCAAAAAGGUACAAGGUAAAUCUCCUCUUGAUCCCAAUGUAAUUUGUAAUGAUUUACUUACUCCAUGUUCUCCUGGAGAUCCUAAUGCCAUUGAAAUGACGUGGAUCGAUGUCCCUGGAAAUAAGUUAUUGGAACCAGUUGUUAGCAUGUCUGACAUGCUGAGUUCACUAGCGAGCACCAAACCUACUGUAAAUGAUCAGGAUUUGCAGAAAUUGAAGAAAUUCACAGAAGACUUUGGACAGGAAGGUUAAGCUCAAUGAAAAGAAUUCUCGCAAGGUUGCCUUCGAUAGCUUUCCUCUAAUAAAUAUUCUUACUGUACAUGGCACUACAAAAUGAAUUGCCAGCAAAUUGGAUCUCACAAGUGAUGCAUUCUAUAAACUGUUCUCUUGUAUUCUGCCGGAACGUUUUCACUGUGUUGCAGACAUGUCCUGGCAAUAGGACCUCUUUAUGCGCUCUUCAGACUGUAGGUUCACAAUCAGGCAUUCUAAAGAGAGUCCAGCAUUGUAUAAUGCAUAUAGUGUAAAUGGAUUUUGUUCAGCUGGUGAAGAAAAUGAUUGGCACUUGUAAAAGUAACAUUUUUAUUCCACUAUUUAAUUUGAGAAAAACAGAAAAAAAUUAUUUUGUGCAAUGAAUCCUUUAAGAAACACUUGUUAGUUAUUAACUGUAGUGUUUUAUUAUAAAUGAAAAUGUUUUUUUUUUCUGAGAUUAAAUAAAAUAUUUAGUUUUCAAGUUUCCUUAGGACUCAUUUUCAAGAAAAUACAGUAAUAUAUGGAUGUAUAUACUUUUGUGAGUUUUUUUUUUUUUUGUCUGGGGAAACUCAGCUGUUUAGCUUGUUAUACAGUUUAUUAUAUGUAUAUAUAUUUUUUUACAUUUACAAGUAUAUACACUUAAGUUGAUCACAUGCCAAGAUAUUACAGUUGAAUUACUGUUUCAUUGGGGGAGACCUCUGACUGUUUGCCCCAACCCCAAAUUUCAGAGGAUAAAAACAUUAACAGAUUAGUUGCAAUCCCUAGUACCGUACCUAAAGGGAUUUUGUCAGGUGAGAGGAAUUCAUAUUCUAUAUACUGUAGAUGCUUUGAUUCAAUUCUUGGCUAGAAAAAAUACACAGUAUAUGUAUGAAUUCUCUUAGAUGAAUGUAUUUUUAAAAGGUUUGUAAUAAAUUUGACAUUGUGCCUUGUAAGUAAAAUGGUUACAUUUGUGAUAACAAAAUGUAGUUAAUUCCUUGGCUUUUGUCUUUUUUCAUCAAUUUCCUCAUACAAAUGCAUUGUUAUAUAGAUCUUAAAUACUAAUCUCAUUAAGCAUGUUAAAACAUUGUUGUUUCUUGUCUUUUUCCUUUUUUUUUUUCUUUGUGGCACUAAUGGCAAUGGGAUGCUUUUUGUUUUGUUUGUUGUGUCAAUACUUUUACAUACGGUUUAUACAUAAAAUCAUAUGGCUGCUGAGUCUUCUUGUACACUCAAUAAAACUUUAUUCAUUAUUGAACA